AUGCCUCUCAUGGAACGUACAACCACCGCUCGUGCCGACCACACCCAUUGGAAGUGCGUCAGACCUGAGCCUAACGGAGGUUUCUGCAAUAUAACAAUGGCUAUGAAUGAGAACCAGUGCAAAAAGUGCGCUUCGAUUCGCGAGCCCAGAUUUGCAUAUGCUAUGACUCGAGAGGGACACAAACUUGGAGUUCUUGGGAGCGUUGGUCAAGAUAAAGUUGAAAUGUGGCAUUACAAAUUGGAGACUUAG